AUGAAUUUCACCAGUUUCUUCAAGUCAAUCUCAAAUUUCCAGUUCCCCUACACCAUAGAUGAGGAGACUGUGCUACUAGAGACACCAUUGUGGCAAGUGUACAAUGGUACAAGGAAGUCUGAUUCAUUACCAGUGACUUUAUUCAAAGCGCAGAGACGCGCUGACACUGAGCAAUUGAUUGCAAACGCAUUACACAAGGCCAAGAUCUUAAAGAUCCCUGGCCUGUGCUCAGUGCUAGAGAUUUCUGAUUCCGAUCCACAAUCCACUUUUAUUAUUACAGAAAGAGUGACACCAUUCAAUUGGGACAAAUUGAAGGAUUACUCCAGCAACAAGGACUCUGUCUAUCUGUGGGUAUCUCAAUUAGUUGAGACUUUACAAUAUAUGAAGACGUUUGUAUUGGGAACACUGAACAGGCAAUCGUUAUUUUUCAACUCCAAGGGUCAGUUGGUGUUUUUUGGUCUAGAACUAUGCUCGAAUAUAGAGGACAGCUUCCAUUUCGGCUCCCAAAUGAAACUGUACUACUCGAUUUGCGGCCUACAGCCGCCCGCUACUGAGGAUCCAAAGAUAGUAGACGCAGUUCUACUGGGCUCUCUGCUGAAAAAUGAUCUGAUGAAGUAUACAGGGAUGCCAAAGGACUGGGUCAAGCUAGUUUCGUCCAUUAGCAAUGGUAAGAGCAGUAUAGCCCGUUUUGCGGACCAAAUUCAAACCACAGAGUCAUGGUACGGCAAUCCUAUGAUCGAAUUAUACUCGGAGCUGAAAGAAUGGCAUAUUAAGAACUUACAAGACAAGAUGAUAGUGCUAAACAACUUGGAAGCGUUAUAUUUCGAAGACCCGGCAAUGUUCAAGAACUUAGCCCCGGGAUUCAUUGAGAAUUUGAUCCUUCCGGAACUGAUCGACAUGAUACAAAAUCUAGUGAACAAUAAUGGCGGAGCGGUACCGUCUACAAGCCACAACAAAAUAGUUUCCUUUUUGGCGAUUCUGCUUGAACUAGCCACUGACAGCAAGAGCUAUGACGAGCCCUUUAGAAACAUAGUUGGGCUUUGUUUCAAGCUACCGGACAGACAAGUCAGGUUCCUAUUGCUGAUGUACUUGCCUACGCUUGUGGAACCUUUCGGUCCUGCGGAAGUAUGCAACAGGAUAUACCCGCAAUUUGUCCAGGGUCUAUCCGACACCGAGCCGAAGCUGAGACUGGAGACGUUGAAGAAGAUUCCAUACAUUGUUCCCAGCUUGAACGAGCGGCAGUUGAACAACGAGCUGCUGCGGUACCUGGCGAAGACCCAGGUGGACUCCGAUAUCGAGAUCAGGACCUGGACCGUGUUCAUCAUCACGAAGAUAGCCAGCGAGCUGUCCAGUUCCAUGGGCAACAGGGCCAGCAUCCUUGCCACUGCGUUCACGAAGUCGCUGAAGGACCCCGAGAUCAAGCCCAGGCUCGCUGCGUUGCACGGGCUCACUGAGACGAUCACUCUGUUCGAUGCAGGCACCAUAGCCACAAAAGUGCUUUCCGUGAUCGCGCCGUCGUUCAUGGACAAGGACAAGCUAGUGAGACGCAAAGCGCGCGAGCUGUUCAAGCUGUACAUGGCGAGGCUCGAGGAGGCCGCGAAGGAGCUGGACGGCUCGGGCGAGGGCGCAGACUCCACGGGCACGCGCAUAGACUUUGCUGAGUACGAGUCCACGCGUGACCAGGACGCCGAGAUGCUGGCCCAGUUCCUGGACAACCUGAAGCUGGGGUCAACGUCCUCCGUGAACUUGAUGAAGGCACGCAGCAACAACAACUCCAACAUCAGCCUCGGCAGCACACCAGCAGCACCAGCGACCCCAGCAACACCAGCAACACCAGCGACCCCAGUCCCGACCAGUACAAGUACGGGAGACGACGCAUGGGAAGAGAAGAGACGCCCCGUCCAGCGCAAGUCCAUACUCAGCGCGAAACCGAAACCGCAGCCAAAGCCAACCGCAAGGAAGCAGGCAAAGAAAGUAGAGCUCUGGGACGACCCGGACGUAGAAGACGAAGGCUGGGGCGACGACUGGUAA